AUGAAACCGUACUGGAAUAGGCGAAAUGAGUUGUACGAGGAAUUAGGUUGUGUUAUGUGGGGGCACCGGUUAGUGGUGCCCGAACAAUGUAAAAAUAAAAUUUUAAAAAUUAUUCACGAACCCCACAUGGGCAUAGUAAAGUCAAAGGCGCUCGCCCGCAGCUAUGUGUGGUGGGCGGGUAUCGACGAAGCGGUGGAGCGCGCGUGCCGGGAGUGCGAGACGUGCGCGGCGCAGGCGGACGCGCCGCCACGGCAGACGCCGCGCAUGUGGCCCUGGCCCUCGCGCCCUUGGACCCGCCUCCAUUUAGAUUUCUUGGGACCAAUUGGGGGGAAAACAUUUUUGGUGAUAGUGGAUGCGAUGUCGAAGUGGAUCGAAGUUUUCCACAUGACGGGGGUCUCGGCGAGCUAUUUAAUUGAUCGAUUGAAUGAAUUAUUCAGCCGGUUCGGUAUACCGAGGCAGAUCGUCACGGAUAACGGUACGCAGUUUACGUCAAAGGAGUUUGAAUAUUUUAACCGGUUCUACGGCAUACAACACAUUUUUACUCCACCGUAUCAUCCAUCGUCGAACGGGUUAGCCGAAAACGCGGUUAAAACGCUUAAGAGAAUAAUUAAAAAAGCGCUGCAAGAGAAGCGGGAUAUACACAGGGCUCUGUGGUCGUUUUUACUUUACUACCGAAACGUGGAACAUUGUACGACUGGCGAGAGCCCGGCGAUGCUCUUACUCGGCAGACCGAUACGUACGCGCCUGGAUGCAAUAAAACCGGAUCGAGAGGCCCAAGUACGUUGCGCACAACAACGCCAGCAGGAGGCGGCCGGCGGGGCUAACCGGACUUUCGGCAAAUCCGAUACAGUUUGGUACAGGCAGUAUCUGAAAGGGGAGAAAUGGAUUCCGGGGCAGGUAGUAGACGUUCUGGGGGGUAGUAACUUUAAGGUAAGAGGCUCCGAUGGUGGAGUGGUGCACAGGCACAUCGAUCAGUUGCGUAGGAGACCGAGCGAGGGCAGGCAAUCGUUUGCGUCUGCCCCGCCGGGGUUAGGCGAACAUCCAGUCAGUGCGAACGCUCAAGGAUCAGACCCCGGGGACGCGGGGUCGGAGGUGGACGAUUCGGAGGGGUCGGCGGGGUCGGGGGCGUCGCGCGUGGUUGAGCCGCCGGCGUCGCAGCCGCAGCCCGCUCCGGCUUCACCGGGCGGGACGGGACAUGUGUCCCCGGCUGCCGCACUUAGAGCUCGCCCUAUUAGGCAGUGCCGAUUAAUUAAGCCUAAGUAA